AUGGAUAAUUCAUUCUUGAUAUCGAUUGCUUUACUUAUAAGCGGAAUUCUAAUUUUGAUAUAAUUAAUAGUUUUCAACUCAGACAUGAAUAGAUUACAAUUAACAAUAACUAUAGGAUAGAUAAUUGCAAGUAUUGUGUUCUUAAUUAAGCCAUAUUUAAGAAGAAAAAUAGUUUAUUUUAUUUCAUUUAUCAACGUCCAACAAAUUUUAUAGUAAACUAAUUUUGCAUUCUUAUUUCUGGUAUUGACUUAAAUUUUAAGUUGUGAAUUAGAAAUAGAAAUUAGGCUAAAUGAAGCUUUUAGAAUUUUACUAAUAAUCUCUCAAGUCUUCAGAGUAAUAUUUUUUUGGGAAAAUAAUAUAUUUGAAGCUGCUUAAACUAUUUUAUCAAUUAUUAUUUCUUGUAUUUUGUGGAUGAAAUCAUAUAUAGAAUCUAAAAAGGAGAAAUCAAGAAAUAUCCAAAAAUCUGAUACUCAUAAUAAUAAUUUAUAGUAUAAUUCUUCAGCACACUUAAUAGUAUCAUUAAAAUAAUUAGAUAGUGAAUUAUCUAUCCUAGAUAAUCUACCUAUCGGAAUAAUGUUACUUGAUCCCUUAUAAAGUAUUAAGUAUACUAAUGAAUUUGCAAAAUAAUAUUUUAAAAACUUUGGCUGUGAAAAAAAAGAAGAAAUUAGCAUAUAGUUAAAAAAUUAAUUAAUUAAGUAAUAUAUUAAAUUCAAGUAGGAUGUUACUGGAUCAUAUUGAAGCACCAGAAGAUUUAAACAAUCUUAAUGAUAAUUAAAAAUCAAACAGAACUUUUUUGUCAAGCUUAAAAAUAGAUGAUCCUAUUUAAGCAAUUCUAAAUUAAAAGGAUGAAUAAUUUAACCUUGUAUACAAAUACAAAGAAUUAAGCAAAAAUGGCAUUUCUAAAUAAAAAGUAGUAAAAAUUAGUUUGUAACAAUAAUUUCUUAAAUCUGAGCAAGUUACAAUAGUGCUAAUUUAAAAUGUAUCAAGCAAAGAGAAAAAGAAAGAAUUAGCUUAAUUUAUUAAAUUUUAAAAUAGUAUCUUAAAUUCGUUUUCGCAUGAAUUAAGAACACCUUUAAAUAGUUCUUUAUAGCUCUUAGAAGGAUUAUCAACAAAAUUAAAUGAUUAAAUGAAUCAAGAAUAUGUUUAGCCUGCUUUAAAUUCUAAUAAGUUAUUACUAUUUCAAAUUAAUGAUAUACUUGACUAUGCAGCUAUGCAAUCCAAUUAAUUUGUGCAUCAUUAUUCUAAAUUUAAUAUUAGUGAAAUUGCAGAUUACAUAAAGUAAUUAUACACAUAAGCUUGCAAAAGCAAAAGGAUACUUUUAACAUUUAAAGUUAAUUUAAUAAAUUAAAUUGUGACAAAUGAUAAACAAAGAAUUAUUUAAGUUCUAAUAAAUUUAUUGAAUAAUUCAAUAAAGUUCUCUCCAUCUAAUACUCACAUUCGAGUUUAAUUUAAGAACAAGUUUAAAUAAUUUCAUUAAUACAUUAAAAUAAAAGUCAAAGAUUAAGGUUUUGGGAUUUCAGAAUAAAAAUUAAGUUUUAUUUUUCGAGAAUUGCAUUCAGUAUAAUCUGAUGAAAGUGGAUAUUGGAUGACUCAACAUCAAUUGUCUUCGGGAAUUGGAUUGAAAAUUUCCAAUCGUUUAAUUCAAGGGUUAGUAUAAACAGAAUUAAAAAAAAAUUAAUUUUCAAUUAAAUCAGCUCUCUAAUAAUAUACAUACAUAUCAUUUUAUAUUUCGGAUAUUCAUUUAAUAAAAGAUGAUAAUGAAUCAAUAUCAUAUGCUAAAAGUGAUGAUGUUUUCUGUAUAUCAAUGAAUAAAAGUCUAGAUUUUAAACUUAUUAAUAACUUAAAUUAAAAGUCUUGUACAUGUUCAUCUAUAUUACUUGUUGAUGAUGUUCCAUUUAAUAUUCAAGCUUUAAAAACUAUUUUAUUGUAAUAUCAAAUUACAAGCGAUUCUGCCUACAAUGGAAUCGAAGCUGUAGAUUUAGUUAUCAAUAAGUAUUAAUAAAAAAAAUGCCAUCCUUUUUAUUAAUUGAUAUUAAUGGACAUAGAAAUGCCAUAACUAAAUGGUCUACAGGCAACUUAAAAGGUAUGAAUAAUAUAUAGAAUAUUAGAUAAUAUCCUUUUUUAAUUCAAUUAAUGUAAAACCUCCAGUAAUUGUUGCUAAUUCUGCUUAUGAUUCGAAUCAAGAAGAAAUGUCUAUAUUUGCUGAUACGUUACCUAAACCUAUAGAUUAGUCAAGACUUAAAUCUAUUUUACAAAAAUAUUUAACUAAUUUUUCUUGA